UGCUUCUCUCUCGGUUAGGUGGACCCCGUUGGACGAAUCUAAGUUAAUUUCAAAUCAACCCAUAUUUUCUCGACUAGUUUGAGUAUUGUCUGCAGCUGACCCACGGUAGUUUCGUCGUCACUAUAGAGCUGCGCCUACAGCAUGAUUUGAGAGAUCAUGCAUUACCUACGAGGCUUGAGCAGCUCGUUGACACCAUGUUUCUUACAAGUCCUCCGUGUAAGGUUCUAGGUAUAUAUGCUCUAAGCCCGGAGUCUGCGCGUCCUAGUCCUGAAGGAUUACAGUCAGUCAAAAGGCUUCUUCGUGCGAACGGUAUCCGCGUUGGAGAUCUUUUGCGGCAGAUCCGGCAGCUUAUGCCCAUGGCGAUUAGGUGCUGGCGCGAUAACUCUCAAACUAUAUGCCAGCAUAUCGAAAGGGAAGAUUGGACAAGAAUGUCGUCUCAUAGCUGCAAGUGCCGAGCAUUGGGCGGACCUGGCUUUCCAAAACUCUUCGGUUUCCUCGAGUUCGCGGAAGACUUUCGUGCAACAUCUACGCAAUGUAUUUACUUGGGGUACCAGAGGGACUGGACCUUAUUUCCGCAGGAGUGGAACGAGCCUGUCUGGAGGCCUACUGAAAUAUUCUCGCUAGACGCUCGCGAAUCGCUAUGCUAGAUAGCAAGGAUGUUCGUCAAUCACCAAUUUGCGGAAGACAGUAUCGGACCAGAAAAGAGAGGGUAGAUCUAAGUUGCACGAGUCGGUCGUGUUAUUACUCACCUAGAUUGGCACCGAGAAGAUGCCGGAUUCGAUGGACAAAACGACGAGUAUGACGC